UUUAACUGCUCUAGUUAACUAUUCAAAACCUCUUCCCAAUCCCUAGUCGUACCGAUGUUGGUUUGUUUUUCAUAUUUCCUUAUCUCAUAGAUCAUAGAUUGGGAUUAGGCCUAGCCCUCAGUACACCUAAAAUAUCAUUUUCAUGUUUCUCAUCUCGUUUCUUCGUUUAACUUUUCGUAUAGCCGCGCUGUCGGCUUCGCCUUGCCAGGCUGAGCGUUCAGAGUCCCCUAAUCCCAUAUCCAAUUAUUAUUCGGAUCGCUCAUUAAAUUCCUCCAUAGAUGAACGAGCAAAUUGAUAUACACUCUCCACGUGGUGAGAAAUAGUAUCAUGCAAGUCUCCGCAGGUUGCAGUAAUAUCCACAAGCUGUGGUCAAUUCCAGAAUAUGGAUGUCAGGAUUUCUCCACGGGCGCAAAGUAAUUAUGAACAGUCCAUAUCACUAAUAACUAUUCCGAGUUACUCAAAGCAAAUGGCCAAGAUACAGCCAAAGUGUGAUGCCAUAUUCUCCAUAACCCACCAGUACAGUACCCACCCCUCUGCAUUUUCCAGGGACCGUCCCAUUAAAUCAGCAGGGCGCAACAAUACCAUACCUGAAACUCAAACCUCUUUCUUUCACAGAAGGCUCACCUGGAUGUGGAACGAUUCUAAAGAGAUUUUUACUUAUUUGACCAGAAAAUAGGACCACCUACUCCGAACGUACGUUCCAAAUCCAAAAGAUCUCAAACGGUUAUUUUUUUACCGAAUCCAUCGUGAAGUUGACCUCGGCCUAGUUUGUUAUAACAAAGUGCAUGAUACAUGAACUAAUCAAAAAGCGCAGGAACCCCGCCUGGGGCAUAAUCGGGUCUGAUUUAGUGUUGCGCGCUCUGGGAAUGAACCUAUAUUUCAGCAUACUGCACGUCUUUCAGUGACCUAGUUACUUCGCGAUGUUUAUGCUAAAUUCUAACGAAUACAUCUUGAAAAGCUUUACAUAGCAUUUUCAUCACCGAUUGAAGCCUGGCUCGGGCAGUUCUCUCACUGGCUAUCUUGUUGCGGGAAAACGACCCAGGAGGCGUUGAUCAAGGGCAAGGCCGAGACGUUUUCCUACGAGAGAUGCCGUGUAGCGAUAACCAUGGCGCAACAUGGGCCAAGGUCUGGACGCCAUUUUUAGACACACAUUGAUCCCUGAUGGUGAUGCAGAUGCUCUUGCGGUUGAGCGGGUGUUGUCAUGGUUUUGGCUCCGAAGCCUGGAAGAGGAACAGCAGACGCGUCUUCGGCUCUUGUGAAGUUUUGAUUUUCCUGCCGUACCUCCCUCGAAGCCAUCCAUUCCUUUGUCACUGGAGCAUGUCUAGCCAAGGGUACCAGCUGUCGAUGCCGGAGCAUUUCAGGAUUGGCAUGCUUUGGCAGUGGGAACCUUUAUAUUUCGGGUACUCUACCCGGAAGCGGAUCGACUCGGUUUUUAUUUCCCAUGCGAGAUUCAUGGUUCUCAUGACUAUUGAAUGGCUGCUUCAUCACCGAUUCAGCAUGUCUGACUCUGUUCUACCCAUUACUUUAUUCAGAUCAGACGGACUGGACAUUUUGGUGCGUAUUCUAGUGACUACUAAUUACAAUCAACAGCGUGAUGUCUCGCUAAAACACUUAUUACACCAUUAACUUAAACCCAAUAUGAUAGCGUUUUACUCAGAAUUAAUAGUCUUUGCGCAUCAUGUGCAUGCAUCCAACCUCGAUCUUGCACCAAGUUUUAUCGAGCGAGCGUUCCAUCAACAUCCGGAAUUCACUCGCGAAUCAAGCCCUAUUCGCGAUUGUAUAUUGACCAAAUACAUUAUUAGGAGAGCGUGCCUGGAGCAACUAUAUCCCGCCGUCUUUAGCAAUAAUUUGAUAGUACGUCUUGUUUGCCUUGUUCCGAUGCUUCCUUAUAAGGUUAUACAGGUACUCCUCCGUCCAACCCAGCUGUCAACAGCGGCUGAUCGCAUGAGUAACAUCGCUGUACUUCAUGAUACAGCUUAUAAGUUGCUAAGAAGAACCAGUACUCUACAGCAGAAGCUUUCUGCUUGUGAAACGUCGUUUAAGUUCAUGGGAAUACUGCUUUGAAAGAGAUGACCUGAGGGCCACCAUACCUUUAAAUGAAACUCUUCUCUCUUAACAUUCUUGGGUGAGAGCGCGCAGAACUGAUAUACUUUGCUCAGGUGAUGCCAAUAAAACCCAUUUAGUUCCCUGCCUUUCACUACUAGUGAGUUCACACUCUAAGGCUUUUUGCAUACCAACGAACACUUUAAUGAUCGACGCAUGACAUCUGUGUGGUACGGGCAAACCCGCUCUCCCAAGUACUUCGAAACGGGGCCAAUAAUGACAUUCUAUCACCCAAGUCAUCAUAUGCGCCCAGAUAUAGGAUGGGAUGGAAGAAAUGGAGUUAAAUGAGAAAAAGAAAAAAAAAAAAGGGUGGCAGAACUUGACAGCCACCUAACAUAUGGUCAAUGAUACGACAACUACGAGAUCUCUUUCUAUUCGCCAACGUCUUUUUGGCAUCCUUGAUCAAUACUUCUACAGCACUUGGAUACAUCAUGGGAUGAUGGCGACGCCAAAUGACUUCACUCAAGACAUCCAACACCCGUCCUCCUCGUUCUACUUCUAAUCCUGCUAACUCCGGAAUUACCCAUUGUACAGCCGGAUUUAUAGAGCAGUCUAGAAGGCCCGAAACUGUCUCGUCAUUCCAAUGAUUAUCAUUUGCUGUGAUUCACUGGUUUAUAAUAGGCCUUUCUAAGGUCUUUCUUCUACCCUGAUGAUUCUGAAUAGUAUCUUCCGCAACUCGGUACGGCGACACUUCACAGGCACAAUCAUCGCCAAAUAGGUUUCCUGAACGGCCCAACCAAACUGACAAUGCGGAUCAGAACACAUUCCAAGCUUAUCAGGGAUUCCCCUUGGUUCUCACAUUGCUUGCCCCGUUACUUUCGCUUAGUAUCUUGGGAGUAUACAACACGGUUGCUCACUUGCGUCCUUGCCAUUACCCGCAAAAUCCUUUCACGAACGUCUAAGAAUCACGUCCUGCCUCUCUGGACGGCCAAAACUCGGAAUCGCAGCCUUCCUCACCGUGGAUUGUAUGUACAUGAUGUACCCCUGCGUCAGUCCGUGUAUUCUCAGUGGAGUGAUCUCUGCUCCUGCACCAAGCCAUUUCGCCAAAAGCCGCCCUGUGGACAUAGAACAAAGCCGUCCUUAUGCUACCACUCCCUUUUCAACGAGCAGUCAUUAGGCUUUGACCAAGCGGGGUUAUGGACAUCCGGUGUGGCCGAAAAUUUCUUGUCCUCUUAUUACCUUGCGCCGCGAUUCUCUCAUACCAAACUGCCUUACAGUCUUGCUAACAUCGAGGACGAGAAUCAACAUUUCUGUCUCGGAACUUGAGUGACCAGGUGUAUUCAUUAACGCCCCUAUUUCACAACUGGUGGAUGGCAGCAUCCCUUACCAUCCCAAUGCAAGAUUUCGCUCUUCCGUAUCCAAUCCCCAUAGCCUUUCCUCCAUGGCUUUUGCUGAAGAUCAACGGACAUGUCCAUUUGAUGUUAACCGCAUUCACAUUUCGAGCCCAUGACCUAGGCUCGUAUAAAAUUGUAACCCCAUCUACAGCUUUGUCUUCCUAACGACUCUAAGUUUCAAGAUGUACCGCCCUCAAUUCGGAUAUACCCCGUCUAAUAGGCCAUACUCCUAAUAAUCCAAGUUCAGGGCGCCGCACGUAUAACGUAUACUUUGCACCAUGCCUAAUCCCGCCAGUCGUCUCCCGCUUUAUCUCCGUUGGCAGACUCAAUGGAGUUCCCAUGGUCAACCCCUCAUCCAGCACAUCUCACACGCUGAAGUUUACCACCUUCGCCCCCAUAGAUGAUCUGGACUGUAUAUUUACUGUAACUCAGGAUUGUACAAUGGAACUACAACUAUAUAUGUACCUACAUCCGCUCUGGUUCAGCGGCCUGGGAUAUACUCAUUCGCCUUCCCAUUUAUCUCGAGGUUUCCCAUUUCUCUACUGCCCCUUGGCUCCUCAGUCCAGUCCUCUAAGCUCCUGUAUACCUUGCUCAUUUUACUUCCUCUUUAAUUGAAGAGCAGGCCAUUCAACUCCUCCUGCAUUUGCUUGGACGUAAUUCCCAUUAGCGGAUCCCUUACGUUUGUUCUCAUCGUCGUUCACAAACUUGCCACCAUCCAAAUUCAAAGACAAUUGAAGGCCGGAUAUCAUCGGCCACUUCUCAACAUGUUGCCCGGUUGUGAUCCCGAGGGACUGCUACCCCCGACAUCGCUGAACGCGGACUUAGCUACGAUGGCCACUAAGUUAAUGGUGUGCCAGAACUUAACCGAAAUACUUGAGUCAUCCGCUCGUUACUGUAACGCACCUAUAGAAUUCCACCAUGCAGAUUUCACAAUCCCAUCCAAAGUUCUGACUACACGACAGCUCCGGUACCAAGCUCAUGAAAAUGCCCAACUCAUUCGUGAUAUCCACAAUGUUACGGAGGAUACCAUAGUGUUGAUCCAUUUCGAUAAUCAUGAGCAGAAUAUUAUAUGGCUCUGGUCUACUGUGAUAGGCGGCUAUCUGCCUGCAAUGUCACCGGCAUUUGUGAACGAUCUUGCUCAGCGGCGAAAACAUAUUUUGCACCUCAAUUCACUGUUCAAAGUGCCCCUUAUUCUUACGUCGGAUCGGUUAGUUCACGAGUUUCUGAAUAUCGACGGGCUUCACAUUGUCACUGUCGAACGCCUCGUAAACAAGCUACGCAGUGGCGUCAGCCGUGUUCCCAGGACAAACUUCGGCCACCAAAAGGAACCAGAGGAUGCGGCCAUCCUCAUGCUCACGUCGGGCAGCACUGGAAACGCAAAGGCUGCAGUUCUGAGGAACAAUCAGAUUAAAGCUGCUCUGGCGGGAAAGGUAGCUCAUCAUGGUACAGAAAAAGGUGAUGUUUUCCUAGGCUGGGUCGCCCUAGACCACGUUGCAUCACUUUGCCAAAUUCAUUUGCAUGCCCUUGCUCUGGGUGCCAGGCAGAUUUUCGUUGACAAAGCGGAUGUUGCAAACGACCCCCUGCGUUUCUUGAACCUCAUCCACAACCUUCGAGUCAGCGUGACUUUCGGUCCAAACUUCUUCUUGACAGCGUUGUCAAAUCUACUCGACAAAAUGCAGCCUUCUACGGCAAUAACCAGAGAUUGGGAUUUGUCAUGCUUGAAGGUGAUAUUUUCAGGAGGCGAAGCGAAUACCGUCCAGACUUGCAUCAGUGCCAUGGCACAUUUGGAAACAUUGGGUGCCAGGAAAAACGUUGUGAGCCCAGGAUUUGGGAUGACUGAAACCUGCGCAGGUUCAAUGCAUAACCUCUCCUGCCCAGAUUAUGAUAUCAAAAUGGGUUUGGAAUUUACCUCCGUGGGUCCAUGUAUUCCGGGCUUAGCUGCCAGGGUUGCUGGCGACAACGGUCUUGUCAUCAAAAGUCCCAAUGUUCCCGGUGCUCUGCAGAUCAAGGGCGAAUGUGUGCUUAAAGAAUAUUUUAACGACCCGUUUGCAACAUCUAUCAGCUUUACCAGAGACGGGUGGUUUAUUACAGGAGAUACGGCUCUCAUCGAUGAUGCUGGCUAUGUACGCCUCUGCGGUCGAACAAAGGAUCUCAUAAUAGUAAACGGAGUUAAUUACUAUCCCCACGAGCUUGAACGUGCUAUUGAAGAAGCUAAACUUCCUGGAUUGACCCCUACGUAUACAGUCGUGUUCUCUCAUCGUCCCGACGGGGCUUCGACUGAAAGGGUCGUGGUAGUGUUCUCCCCGGCUCAUGGUUAUACGAAUGCCGCAAGUCUCACAGUGUCAUUCGAUGCGAUCUCAAAGAUCACAGCCAGGCUAUUCGGGGUAAGUCCGUACCAAAUAGUACCGGUUGCCGCAACCUUAAUCCCAAAGUCGACGCUUGGAAAGAUCUCAUCGCCGAAAAUCGCGGCAGAAUAUCGCGCCGGGGGAUACGAUACUUAUUAUGCGGAGGCAGCAGAAGCCAUUAAAUUAUAUCGCCAAACCAAUCUAAGGAGGCCUGAAAGUGAAACUCAGAAGUCAAUCGCUGAUUUAUUCGCGGAGAUGUUCCACACCCCAUCUUCUGAAAUUGGAAUUGACACCAGCCUCCUAGAUAUGGGAGUUUCUUCCAUUGAACUUUUCGCCUUUAAAUCAAACGUACACAGGAUUCUCUGUCUGGAUCAGGAAAUCCCAUUGAUAUCUGUGUUAAUGGACCCUACAAUCCAUGGCAUUGCAACGGCGAUACAAGAAAUGCAGCAACCAAAACAGUAUAAUCCCGUUGUUAAGCUCCAUGCAUCUGGCGAAAAGCCGCCUCUUUGGCUUGUACAUCCCGGUGUUGGCGAGGUCUUAGUUUUCUUGAACCUCGCCAAGUAUAUCAACGACCGCCCGCUAUAUGCACUUCGCGCUCGAGGAUUUGAAGAAGGGGAGGAGUUUUUCAAAGACCUCCCUGAAAUAUUUACAACGUACUUUCAACACAUCAAAACUACUCAGCCUCUUGGACCAUAUGCAAUCGCGGGAUAUUCUUUUGGCGCCAUGAUUGCCUUCGAAGUCGCGAAACUCCUCGAAGCCGAUGGCGAUGAGGUCAGGUUCUUAGGCUCUUUCAAUCUACCACCACAUAUCAAAGACCGCAUGCGCCAGCUCGACUGGGUGGAAGCUGGCAUCAACCUCUCGUACUUCUUAGAUCUAAUAUCAGAGGAGUAUGCCCACGAAAUAUCGCCUAAAUUACAUGAGCUCUCUAACGAUGAUGCCCUCGAUCACCUUAUGUCCCAUGCUUCCCAGGGCCGCCUAGCGGAGCUCUCUCUAACUAAAAGUAAAAUGAAAACUUGGAUUACGCUUGCCCACAAGAUGCAGGAAGCCGCAUUAGAGUACGAACCUUCUGGGUCAGCGGCAAGCAUUGACGUAUUUCACGCGAUACCCCUGAAGCAAGUCGCAGUGAACGGAACCGAUUGGAUCGAGAAUAAAUUGAGCAAAUGGGCAGAUUUCUCGCGGGAGCCGCCCCGAAUGCAUCAUGUGGACGGUGCGCACUAUACAAUGAUGUCGCCAGAGCAUGUCUUUACGUUUCAAAAAACUCUUCAAAAGGCUCUGCGCGAACGUGGACUUUGAGAUAUGCUGCCGAUGCAUGAAUGACAGGGGCCAUUCCUACAGAUGGUCACUGUUAAUAAACACGAAGUCUGACAGCAUUCUUCUGCCUAUACUUUGGGACACACCGCCCCUGUCUAUGUUUAGCUUUUCUUUCUUCUCGUGAAUAUAUUUAUGUUUUUAUGUAUCUUCAGUGGUUGAUGAUUAAUCGACUAAAUCUGAUAUUUGUUUCUGGCUUCAAGCAUCUAUUCAUCCCCACCGCCCAGAUUCCCCUAUUCCUCACCAGCCAAUCUUCUCAUGUUCCUCUCCUUUUCCGUAAUUUACUCUUCUAAUGUUCAAUGCAUAUGCCUUCUUAUUGAACUUAUUAUUCACUGAGACAUCAAAUUGUUUACUGAACAAGUGGAAGCAUUGAAAUGGCGGACAGGAGGGUCUCUCCUACAUCCCUCGGAGGCCUCGCUUUUUAAAUCUGUCAUUUAAUAUAAUUGGCUACUCUUUGAUAAUGUCGAUCCUUCACAAUCAGCCUAAUUGACUCCCAGCUCUCCCUAUUUCCUUUGUCCACGAUCCUGAGGUCAGAAUCUAAUUUUUAUUCACUUUCAUUCAUCUUUUACUCUAAUGGGUAACUUAACAUACUUGUUAACAAGCCAGAUAGCUACUCAAAUCACAUUCACAACGACUAUCAGCAAAUAGCCAGAAUGCAUGAAGAUAUCAUACCGAAGUAAGAAUAAAUUCUUAAUUUAGCAAAGGGAAUCUCGCGACAUUCAACAGGAAAAGGAGAUAAUGGUCGCCAAUGCCAAAUAAGGUCCAGGAGAAUAUAUUUCUUCCUUUAGUUAGAAUGCUAUAUCACCAAUGUCUCACAGUAACCAACACUUUUUCCUUCGAAGGAACAUUCUCUCCGCUCUCAAGCUGCGGUGUGCUACGAUCCAAUCUAUGGAGCAAGCGCCAAACAACCUUCUGAUUCAAGCCCUCGCGC